AUGUCCGAUGCAGUGUUCCCCCGCACCACCUCCACGCAGCCUUCUGUGGGCAUCGAGGGACGGGAGGAAGGGAGACUGCAGUGCAAUGCAUCCGUGGACCUCAUUGGCACCUGCUGGCCCCAGAGCCCUGCAGGGCAGCUGGUGGUUCGACCCUGCCCUGCCUAUUUCUACGGUGUCCGCUACAACACCACAAACAACGGCUACCGCGAGUGCCUGGCCAAUGGCACCUGGGCCGCCCGCGUGAACUACUCAGAAUGCCAGGAGAUCCUUAGCGAGGAGAAGAAAAGCAAAGUACACUACCACGUUGCCGUCAUCAUCAACUACCUGGGCCACUGCAUCUCCCUGGUAGCCCUCCUGGUGGCCUUUGUCCUCUUUCUGCGGCUCAGGUGA